CCGAGCCCCGUUCUGAGGUGGCGGAGCGGCAGUGCGGCGGCCUCAGGUCUGCGGCAGUGCCGGCCAUGGCAUCUCGGGCCGGGCCUCGAGCAGCGGGCACUGAUGGCAGCGACUAUCAGCACCGGGAGCGCGUGGCUUCGCACUACCAGAUGAGUGUGGCCCUCAAGACCGAAAUUAAGAAGCUCAUCUACAUGCAGGUGGCUAUUUGGCUGCUGUUGGUGACUCAGAUAUGUGUGGGACACCUGAAGCUCCUGCCACAAGACCAGGUGUCCAUGCCUUACCAGUGGGAGUACCCGUACCUGCUGAGCAUUGUGCCCUCGACCUUCGGCCUCCUCUCCUUCCCCCGCAACAACAUCAGCUAUUUGGUGCUGUCCAUGAUCAGCACAGGGCUCUUUUCCAUUGCUCCCCUCAUCUACGGCAGCAUGGAGAUGUUCCCUGCAGCCCAGCAACUGUACCGCCACGGCAAGGCAGACCGCUUCCUCUUUGGCAUCUCUGCCGUAUCUGUCAUGUACCUGCUGUUGGUGGUGGCCGUUCAGGUGCAUGGCUGGCAGCUCUACUACAGCAAGAAGCUCCUGGACUCAUGGUUCACCAGUACACAGGAGAAAAAACGCAAAUGAGGUUGGCCACAUGGACUGCCAGCUGCUGCUCUGAGGGAUGGGGGGGGCAAUGGACAGGGAGAGUUGUGGCAGAAGGGUGGAUCGGCUGGGCCCCAAGAUAGCUGUACCGAACUGUUGUCCUAGCAAGCCCUCAGAAGUUCCAGACUGGUUAGGUUGGCAGCUGCACAAGCAAGACCAAAGCUCUGGAAACCCCUGCCCCUUGCCUCCCACCCUUUAAGGCCGUUGGACUGGCGUGGGGUUAGAGCCGGAUCUGUUCAAGGCUCCUUCAGGCCAUUUGGGGUGAGCUGUGGGGGCCGUAGCCUUCAAGACUCAUCCCCCUGCCUUCUAUGUGCUGUGAGGUUGGGAAUAAACUAGGUUCUUCUCUCCCCAGAACGUUGGGGCUGCAGGUGACCAGUAGGUUGCCCCUCAUGUGGGCUCUGGUCUCCCCGGCUGAGUUUCAUGGUUUAAACAGGAAACAAAUAAAGCUGUGAAUGUGUCCUGG